AAACCUUACAUUUUAUAUCAAGAGUACAAGCGAGCGUGGUCCAGUUCAGUCUUCAUCAAAGUAUGGAAAGAUUGCUGCCAAAACUAUGUACAUGUACAGCAACCACAGGACUUAGACAGUCGACGUCUUUGCAUGCAAAGUAGAUAGAAACAUGAACAAGAUGGACUGCGACAAGUUUAACGUUUGGCGCGACCAGUUGGUCAAGACAUUUGAGAGUGAUUUGGACGAUGAGCAACGAUGCGGGACCUUGGAUCACCUGAUCGCCGCGUGCGGCGCUAAGCAACUCGGUCACCUCGCCACGAAACUGGAGGGUCUGGUCAAACGAGACUUCCUUCACCUCUUACCGGCCGAGCUAGGGAACUACCUCCUGGCGUGGCUGGACGCGGAGACGCUCUGUCGAUGUUGCCUUGUCAACCGCCACUGGAACAAGAUGGUGAACGGCUGCGCCGCAGCCUGGCAGAAUGCCUGCUGUCGACUGGGGCUCAACCCCGCCGAACGGGAGCAGCGCUUUGAUCAGAAUGGAGUAGACUGGAAAGUCACGUACAGGGACUUCGCUCUGCGACUCAGGCAGUUAAGGGAAGGGUGCGCGUUUGAUAGCGUGACCUUGCAGGGGCACAGUGCUAGAGUCUAUGCCCUUCAUUACCGAGACGGCAAAUUGGCCUCAGGAUCGGAUGACUUGACUGCUCGAUUGUGGGACGUCACGACGGGCCAGUGUCUCAAGGUCCUUCAGACCCACACCUGCGCCGACAUCAAGUUCGACGACAACAAACUCAUCACGGCGUCCUUCGACAACACCAUUGCAUGCUGGGACUGGGAUACGGGCACCAGGCUUCAACGGUUCUCGGGCCACUGCGGUGCGGUUUUCAGCAUAGAUUACAGUGACCGACUGGAUUUACUGGUCAGUGGUUCGGCCGAUACAACGGUCAAGCUGUGGUGUCUGAGCGACGGGGCCCUACUCAACACGCUACAAGGCCACUCGGAAUGGGUCACUCAGGUGAUUUUACGUGAGGCGUGUGUCGAGUCGGACACAUUCACUUCCGGGGAACCAGUUCUUCUGACAAUGGACAAGGCAGAAAUAAAGGUGUGGAGCCUCAAACACAGCGCAGAGUCGCAGUGCGUGAAGACGCUGACAUCACCCAGCAACAUGGCCGUCCACUCGCAGACGUUUCUGCCCCGGCUUCAGUUUGACGGGACCCACGUCUCCUGCGCUUCGGACGUCGGCAUUCUAGUCUGGAAUUUUCAAACUUUUGAAUUAAGAAAGUUGAUUCCGUACACCGACUCCAGUAACCUCAUCCUCCUGGGACUUGGCUCGGCGUUCACUUUCGUACUGGACCACCAGUACCUCCGCCUCCUCAACACCCAUACCCAUGAGACGGUGUCGUCAUGGCGACUCCCCGCCUACCGGCGCUCCAAGAGGGGAUCCAACUUCGUGGCCGGGGCGGUACGCUGGCUGAACGGUCUGGGGCUGGACGCGGAAGUCGGCUUGGUCUUCGCGACCAGUAUGUCGGAUCACAGCUUGCACGUGGUGCGGUGGCGUCAGCCUGCCGCGGGCAAGCAGGACAGGUGACCGAAAGUCGAUCAUGUGACGGACAGAUGAAACUGUCAUCCCUAGAAACAGAACCUCUGGUUACCGUGGUAACCGGCAUCCCUGCGGUUUCGGAGAUUGCUGUGGACUGAAAACGAUGCUGUCGUGUCGGCCGAAACGGAUGGGUUAGAUCAGAGCUGUAUGGUUCCAAGCAUUUUACUUUUUUGACAACAAAAUCUUUAGUAGCUUAGAAGGGCAGUCAAAUGAAUAAAAAUAUAAUGGUGUUUAGCGGGAAAGCGUCAGACUGUUCCAUAUUUUAAAUCAAAAGAUUUUAUACGCGGUCAAAAAUCAGUUUCAAUGUAGUUCAUGAAUAAAUUCAUGUAACAUGACAUUUUCAGCCAAUGUUAGGGCUGUUCAUCGCAACCGGAUACCCGAGUACCCGACCGGUUCCAUAGAUGGGAUCGGGUACCCGUAACCAAUUUUUACAAAUGACUUAGUGACUUCUCAGACAAUGAAAAAGAAAGGUUUGGAAUGUCAUUUGUGGGGAAUUUUCAACAUGAAAACCAGGCUACAUGGGAAAACAAAACAUAUUUCACGUUUAUGAUGCUCACGAAACUUGCAGUGUACACCUUAAAGCUAUGGUCACCGUACGCACUUUUAUCUUGCAUGUAUCGACGCACCGAUGUGGUAGUAUUGUCGUGUGGACCUUUAUUAACAAUCUGAACCGCAACUUCCGAGCUUUGAAUUUUGGGGUUGGCUUUCUUUAACGGGUACCUGAUAGUGCCCGUGUUUUUUUCAGUCAGCUUUCCGGUUACACACACACCCCUAGACAAUGUGCUAAAUUUGGUGAAAAUUCACCCAAAUUUCUGAAAUAUUAUAUGCCAAGUUAUCUAAUUAAAUAUGUAAAAUACUGACAGUUUUUGCCACUUACUGCAUAAUAUUAUCAACAUCAAUCAAAACGUUACUUUUGAGUUUUCAUAGGCUUCAGUACCAUUUUAAAUAGCCGAGUGUGUUUGAAAAGUAACAUUAUCUUUAUCCAUUGAAUAAAAAGGGACAAUUUUGUACAUAAAAUGACCUCGAAAUUUGCACUUUUUCUCAUAUUCACAACUUUAAAGUUUCCAAAACCCACAUGCAUAUUCUAUUACAUUUGUUGUAGAGAGCGGAGUACUAAAGAAAAUAUUAUAACAUAAUGAAUACCAUUCCAAUUGAGGAAAAAUCUGAAUGUCGGUGAUUAAUAUACAAACCAUUUUUCCCUUCAAUUCUGGAGAUUGGAAAUUCAAAUUGAAGAAAUUAUCUGAAGUCUCCUCUUCUUUCAGUUUUUAUUAAGAAUUUUGUAAAGUACUGAUUCGUGUAUUUCAGUUCUUGUAAAGAAGCUGAAUUUUUAGUUUAAUCGAAACGAUACAUUUGUAAAAAAUAUCAUUUAAAUGUGUACAUUUUAUGAAAUUUGUGGAAAUAAAACGGCUAAUUGGUGCUUCCACUUCGCUGCAAAA